AUGCAGACGUUCGUGCUGGACUCCGAGUUUUCGGCCGAAGUGACGGCGGCCCCUGGCGCCGCGCAGCCCGCAGCGAAUCUGCCCGACCACGAGGAGAAGGACAUCGACCAGAAGGUGUCGCAGCGUGUGAUGAUGGAGCAGUCGCAGAUGUCGGAACCCUUCGACGGCGGCAUGGAAGUUUCCGAGGCGGAUAAAGAAGAGCGUGGCCAAGCUGAUGUGGGCGAAGGUUUGUCGCUGCAGUACCCUGCAGUUGAGGUGUGGAUGCCUAGCGGCCUGCCGUUGGCCUGGUGGAGGGCGCCUCUUCGGCCCCGUGUUCGUCAACGACGACCAGCUCGAUGCCGUCGGCCCGUCGCGGGACUCGGGUGCUGGGCUCCACUUCGGUUCCGAGGGCGAUGA